GAUUGUUAUUAUCAAAACAAUGGCCGGACGAUGGAGCACAGAGCUUGCAGUGACAGAAUUCAAAGAUAUUCAGGCCAGUGCUAUGGCCGUGGAUUGCAUUGGUCAAUGGGCUCUGUUGGCUGGGCGAAAGAAUCUGGCAUUUGUAGAUCUAACCAAGACACCUCAUACCUCAGUCAAAGUCACUAGACAGAGCAAAUGGGACAUCAGUUGUGUUCAGUGGAAUGGUCAUGCAUCACACGCCUACAGAUUUGUUACUGCAUGCAACCAGAGGCUUGAUGUUUUUGAUUUUCGUGAUGGGUCUGCAUCACAUUGCUGCUCAUUAAAGGCACAUUCUAGAAAUAUUAGUGAUGUUGAUUGGUCACCAUUUGAUGUUAACAUUGUUGCUUCCUGUUCUGUAGACACAUACACAUAUUUUUGGGAUGUCAGAGAUUCCAAGAAACCUGUCAAAUCAUUUCAGUCAGUUUCAGGCGCAUAUCAAGUCAAGUGGAACAAAGUUACAAAUAAUCUCUUUGCUACAACACAUGAUGGAGAUGUUCGCAUUUGGGACCCAAGAAAAGGGAAUGCACCCCUGCAGUAUAUCUCUGCACAUCCGUCCAAAAUCCAUGGCUUAGACUGGAGCAACACUGACCAGCAUAAGCUAACCACAGCUAGUCAAGAUUGUAGCAUAAGGGUUUGGGAUUAUAAUAAUCCAAGAAAAUGUGAGGCUAUGAUCAACUCUGAAAAUCCAGUUUGGCGAGCGAGAUACACACCAUUUGGUGAAGGAAUAGUGAGUGUUGUUGUGCCCCAGUUGAGGAGGGGAGAUAACAACUUGUACCUUUGGCACAUACGGAAUCAAUCUGCUCCCGUCCACACAUUUGUUGGUCAUAAAGAUGUCAUCUUAGAAUUUCAGUGGAAGAAGCAACAAACUGGUGCCAGGGAUCAACAGCUAGUUACAUGGUCAAAAGAUCAAAGUUUGAGGAUUUGGAAAGUAGAUCCAACUAUGCAAAAGUCUUGUGGUUAUGAAAUAGACGAUCAAACAAAUGGCUUAUUAGAAGACGAUGAACUGACAAGUUUUGGGAAUUAUAAAUCCCAACUUGAUGAGAAGCACGUGUCAAUGCCGCACCAGGAGACCAUUGAUUUGUCCAGUCACUCGACCACAGCAGGGGAUAAAUCCAACUCAAGUCUCCCCGGAGGUGGACAGUCACUCAUGUCCACUAUGCUGUCUGCCUUACCUCUUGACCAGGAGGUAGAGGAAAUCAAGGGACGGAUACCUGGAUUUAAGAUAGAACAGGCAGAUUUCUUGAGAAGAAUGCUGACUUUCAGGUUAACUAAAGGAUUGCAUUACCUGGACAUACAGCUGACAUUUCCUGAUAGGUAUCCAAUCAAGAUCAUUCCCAAUAUUGUGAUAUCACAGACCAAUUUAGAUCAAGAAAUCUCUAAUGGGAUUUACAAAGCAUUUAAUGAAACCUGUACAAAGUUUGUCAGCAGUCAUCUCAAUUGUUUAGAGCCAGCCAUUAAAACCAUGCUGCAACACAUGGAGAAGACUGUGUCAACUCCUAUGUCACCUGAAACACCUGUGCAGCAACUAGAGGAUCGCAAGUCUCUCCUGGACAAGAAGUUUCAUGUAGAAAAAGUAAUCCGCCCCCCUGUCAGCCCUGUGGCUCAGAAUGUUGUCCCCAUUUACCCCACUGGCAGCUUCCAAGAUUCUUGCAUACCUUUUCCUCGAACAAGUGGUGCCACUUUCUGUUCUAAUGACCGCCUUGUUACCUUUGGUAUACCUGCAUCUAUGAAAAAAGUGAAUGAUGAUUCUGAGCUCACACCAAGGGCAAUCUCUGAUCUAGUCUCCUACACCAUGUCAUCCCAGUGGAUGCGACCACAGUCCAAUUCUUUUGUCUCAUCUUUGUUCUAUAGCAGCCCACCAGCUAUAACCGCUGAAGGCAUAAGUGUCAGCAAUUUUUACACAGAGAAGUAUUACAGGGGCAGACAUCACCGGCCUGGUCACCAUAAGGCAAGAGCUCGUGACACAAAGGAAAGCAAGCAAGACAAAGCUGACAAGAUGAAUAAGAAGAUGCAGAAGGUUGGCAGUGUCAAAGUCUAUGAUGUCUCCAGCAUAAUUCCUAUCUCCAAGUUCCUAGCACAAAACUAUAAAUUAGACUUGGAUGAUAUCCACGGCACAUGUGAACACAACAGCAAUGUAGCCAAAAAGUUGGGGAGAAAAGAUUUAGUCAUGGUGUGGGAGCAAGUGGAUCAGAUGACAAAGCCAUGUUUACAACCCUCUCUGGACAUUUCUAAAGGCAUGCCUUGGGCCUAUACACCUUUUGGAAGGCAGAUAUUGAAAAAAAUGCUAGAUCAUUAUAAUAAAAUAAAAGAUGUUCAGACGAUGGCCAUGCUCUGUUGUGUUUUCUGGGACAAAGAAAAACCCAGGAAAGAUCUCUCAGCGCUCAUGGCAUCAUCUAGCAGCCAAAAGACUUCGGAAUAUAUAGCACCUAAUACAAGGAAACAUUCUUUACAAGAAAGAUCUAGUCUUGCUGAUAGUUUAAGAGAAAAUUACUAUGUUCCUGAACCAGAGAAGUGGUGCUCCAUCCCUGAGGUGCCAGAAAUUACAAUGGCUAGCAGUACUGACAGUGGGUGGAAUAUGCUUCUUAACAAGACAGGCUCCAAUGCAGCUGUACAGAUCUACCAUUCACCAUUUCCUUCUCUGCCCCCUCCGCCAUCUUCAUCCCCUUCAUCUUCUUUAAUUGCAUCAAGUGUAUCAGUUGUCAGGGGCAGAGGCCGAACAAUGGCAGAGGUAGCCUCACAACCCAAUCUGGCAGCCUUGUUCCGUGCAGGUCGUGGCAAAGCUUCCAGAUCGGCAGCCAUGAUCAAAAGUAAACGGUCAUUCAGUUGGUCAGAGUCGUAUGACGAGUUCAAGAUUGUUGAGGAUAAAGAUCCAAAGGACCGUGUUCUGGAGAAAGAGAUCUCACAACAUCGCAACAACAGCAAAAUGUUAGCCCCAGAAUUAAGACAGCAUUAUGAACAUAUAAAGAAGACAUAUGCCAACAUACUCUUCAAAUGGGGAUUGUUGAAUGAAAGAGCACUGAUAUUAAAACACACCAACAGCAUUGAUGCAGAACAAAAAGUUAUAGAGUUUCCUGUUUCAUGUUGGAACUGUCAUGAAGACGUGAAGGGAGCCCAGUGUACACAUUGUUCAUACACAGCCCUGAGGUGUGCAGUGUGUAAUCUGGGUGUUAGAGAUCUAGCCAAUGUCUGCAUGACCUGCCACCACGGAGGUCACAUGGGUCACAUGAUUGACUGGUUCUCCACCCAGGCCCUCUGUCCCUCUGGCUGUGGCUGUAACUGCCUGGAAGAAAACCUGCCCAGGAACUUGAUAGUACCAGAUCAGAUCUCUAGUUAAGUCAGCAGUCACCUGCCCUGUUGCACUUGAUCGCAUUUCCAUUUUGUACAGAGAACAUUCAGACAUUCCCAUAUCAUUAACCUCAUAUUUCAUCAUGUGUGUUCAUAGAAAAAUUCAGGGAAAUUCAGAGCAUUAUUUUUAUAGCAUUGUUUAUUGUUGACUUCCAUAUUGAAUGAUGUUUAUUUAUGUUUGAAGCUGAUACUAGUAUAUAGAAAACAGAAAUGUUUUGAAAUGACUGACUAGUGUGUGGUUUUACUGAUUUUGAUGUGGUUUAUCUGACUGACAAUGUGCAGAAUAAAUCUUGACUUUGAUUAUGUGAUUUAUUCUACUAGUGAUAUAUCUGGUGUAAUUUAACUGACUAAUCAAUGGUUACUAGUCCUUGAAGCCUUUUUUCAUGAUUGAAGAUUGAAAUUGCCUAUACGACAUGUAAUUGAUGCUGCCCUCCAUCCAGAUUUUUGUUAUAUCUUUUUAUGUUGAUGUUUUCUUGUUGAUGAAUGUAAGCUUUUGACAGAAGUCCAGUUCAUACUCAGCCAGAUGAUCAAAACAAAGAACAGUUCUUAAGCAAUAAUUGCAGCUAUGUUAAAUAAGGUUAAUAUGUAUUGGUUUUACAGUACACAGCUUUUCCAUACUCCUUAAGUGGAGCCUAAUGCUAGUUUACAUAUUGUUUUAUUAUGUUUUCCUAGUCAUUUGAGUUACAUCGUAGAAACAUCAAGUAAAUUGAAUGUACCAAUUUUUUACAUUUUUUCAAGUUUGAUGUAGACCACUAAAACUAACAGCUCUAACAGAAAUUACUUUGUUUUGAUGACAGUAGUUACUUGUACAUAUUUUGUUUUUCUUUUACACAGAAAUCAAAAGAAUAAUAUUCUCUUAAAUUAUAAGUAAAGUUUAAACUUUCAAGUAUUGAUGAUGCCUGUUGCUUAGUAACUUUUUCAAUGCAUGCUGAGAUAGGGUAUUAUUUUGUUGUUUAUGGUAUGUUUUCUCAAAUGGUAGAAGCCAGCUCCUAGCUUAUUGCCAUAGAUGGAUUUUUUUUUAGUUCUCUUCGAUGCUGAUGAGUAGGUCAAUAAUAUUCUAAUUUAAUAUUUCUCAGUCCAAGGGUUAGUGAAGAGUAUAUUUAAUAGGUAUAUAGGAUAGCUUAAUUGAUAAUGCGGAGGUCACAGUAACAAGUGAACUCUACUUCACUUGCCCCAUAGACCAUCAGGUUUGAAAGGGAAACUUACUUUACUUUAAUUAAUUGAUAAUACUCAAGUAAUUUCUUCUUAGGUUAUUUAAGUUGUGAUGGUAGUAUGUUAAAUUAGAUAAUAUACUGAUUAAAAUUAGCAGGAUAGUUAAAAAUAAUCAUGUAAAUAUCUGACAAUAGACAUUUCUUAAGCUUUCUGAUGAGUUUCUAACAAUAGAAAAAAAAACAUUUGAUAAAACUUAACUUAUUCAAAUACUUUCACAUGUGUAUGAAAAUUCUCUGAAUAUGCAAUAGCAAAGCAAUAUUUGAAUUUGUUCCUAAUUUUUUGAGUUUGGGUGAAGGUGAAAUAAAAUUAAUUUGGCCAAAAUGUU